CAGCACUUUCCUCAUCCUGUCACAGCAUGAGGAAAAGCAGAUCGGCACUGACCAUUAGGGCACUGAUCAUCAGUGCCACUCAGCAGUGCCACCCCACAGUGCCACCUAUCAGUGCCCAAAUCAAUGCUACCCAGCAGUUGCGCUCAUCAGUGUCAAAGCAGUGCCGCCCAGCAGUACCGCCAGUCAGAGCCAUCAAUCAGUGCUGUGAGUCAGUGCUAUCAGUCAGUGCCGCUCAUCAGUGUUACCCAUCAGUGCCCAUCAUUGCUGCAUAUCAGUGCAGCAUCAUCAGUGCCUCCUCA